AUGUCUGAGGAGGAGGUCGUUGGGUCUUCACCAUCAUCCACAAACUUGGCAACCGAAUCGAAGGGUCACAAGCAGAGUACUUUCAAGACCAGAUGGCAACAGCUGCGAGACUGGCACAAGAAUGUUUGGCCGGGGGCUAACUUGCCUGUUCUUGCUGGAAUCUUCAUAUUGGGUUUGAUACUGUGGUGGAUCGUUCCGCCAGGACUUGGCUCCAAUACAUGGGAUCUCUUCAUCGUCUUCUUAUGUACUAUCGUGGCCGCCGUCUUGGAGCCACUACCACUUGCUGGUGUUUGUAUAGUCGCAAUUGGUAUUUGCUCAGUGACGGGAGUGUUGUCCACAGCUGAGAUGCUGUCAGGCUUUUCAAACUCUUCGGUUUGGCUCAUCAUCUUUGCUUACUUUAUCUCUGCUGGUUUCGUAACCACUGGUUUAGGCAAGCGUAUGUGCUUCAUCGUUCUCAAGUAUGUCGGGUCUACGACUAUUGGCUUGGGUUAUGGUAUUUGUAUCUGUGAGCUAGUAUUAGCUUUGGCUAUCCCUUCUUGUACAGCACGAGGGGCUGGUGUGAUGCUACCAAUCUUGCAUCCAUUGGCUAGGGAUGCCUUCCAAUCUGAUCCCGAGAUGGGCACUCAGAAUCGUAUAGGAACUUACAUUGUGAUGGUAGAGAUCACCGCUAACGCCUUAGCUGCACCUUGUUGGCUAACUGGUGGCGCCUGGAAUGCGAUGAUGGUUACCUUUAUGGAGGACGUUGGAGUUCACCUCUCAUGGGUAUCAUUCGCAGCUUCACAAGCACCUGUUGGCAUCAUUGUGUUGGCAUUAGUACCUAUUGAGAUGUACUUCCUCUUGAGACCAGAGAUUAAGAGGACCCCUGAGGCCAAGAGAGUCGCAGGGGACCAAUUGAAGGAAAUGGGCCGUAUGAAGCCGUUGGAGAUUACCAUGCUAGCAGUCUUCAUCGGUGUUGUGCUAUUGUGGAUUCUAUCGUCUACGGUGAAGUCUGUGUUCCCGUUCUCAAGCACAGAAGUAGCUGCUAUGGGCGUAUCAGUGAUGUUAUUGUGUGGAGUAAUUACUAUUAAGGACAACGUGAUCUCGAAUAAAGGAGCCUUCAAUCUUCUGUUAUGGUUCUCAGUGCUGGUUAUGUUGGCAUCUGAGUUGAAGGCUAAAGGCUUUUGGAUCUGGCUAGCUGACCUCAUUGAUCUCAGCUCAUUGCCACCCUAUGCAUGCCUGUUGGUUGUAUGCCUUAUUUUUUAUGCGACACAGUAUGUCUUCGCUUCCAUCACGGCCCAUGUCUCAGCCCUUUACCCUGCGUUCAUCCAGAUCGCUCUGUCAGCUGGUGUGAAUCCUGAGGUUGUAUGUCGUGCUUUGGCAACAUGCACGUGGUCAGGCAAUCUGACGCCCUAUACCUCAGCUCCUAAUCCAGCUUUCUUCGGGUUGGGAUAUGUUACUAAUAAGCAGUGGUGGGGUUGCGGAAUAGUUGUUCUGUGUAUUAAUUUCGUUGAACUCAUCAGCAUUGGCUUCGGCUAUUGGUGGUUAUUGGGUUUCUGGAGCAGCUAA